UAACCCUAACCUAAAAUAUAUAACUAAUCGCUCGUAUCAUAAGUAUGGUUUGUCGAUUAUUUAUGUCACGAUAGAUCGUAUCAUAUAUGAUGUUUUGAAUUGAGAUAUCAAAGAAAAUUCUUGUCGUCAUGUUCUUAACGAACGCACUAUUGAAAAAAGCAAAGAGCAAGCACAUCUUAGUCCUCACAGAAAGUCUUAUAAGCGGUCAUCAGUUGGUGCGUAUUCGAGAGAGGUUGGCUGACAAACUAGAAUUUAUAUACUAUGAUCCUCUUGUACGACUCAAGGCGGUAUACAGAGAAAAGAAGAAAAUACGUAGUUUGAAAUAAUGUACAUAAUAUUUUUUAUUAUAAAAUUUUUAUCCAUGGUGAUACGUAAUGAAAAAUAUUCAUUGCUUAUCAGUAUAGUGUUACAUUCAGAGAAAUACAAUCUGUAUUUGUUAUAAAAUACAAUGAUUAAAUUCUAAUGGCAUGAUAA